AUGGGAAUCGGACGACAUUGCAACAAAUUGUUCCUAAUCGAUUUUGGACUUGCAAAAAAGUUCCGAGACUCGCGCACCAGAACACACAUUCCUUAUCGAGAGGAUAAAAAUCUCACGGGUACGGCGCGAUAUGCUUCUAUAAAUGCUCAUCUUGGAAUUGAGCAGAGCAGAAGAGAUGAUAUGGAAUCCCUGGGUUAUGUAUUAAUGUAUUUCAAUCGUGGAACUCUUCCUUGGCAAGGUCUCAAAGCGGCGACCAAAAAGCAGAAGUAUGAAAAAAUUAGUGAGAAGAAAAUGUCAACAUCGGUGGAGAUGCUCUGUAAGGGUUUCCCUGCCGAAUUCCCCAUGUACUUGAACUACACUCGUGGUCUUCGCUUCGACGAAGCUCCGGACUACAUGUACCUGCGCCAAUUGUUUAGAAUUCUUUUCCGUACACUCAAUCAUCAGUACGACUACACUUUUGAUUGGACUAUGCUGAAGCAGAAGGCGUCACAAUCGCAAAACACUAUGCUCCAACCAGGAGCUAGUGGUUCUCAGCAGCCGAUGCCUAUCGUCUCGCCUGCUCCACCACAGCAGUAA